UUUCCUCCCCGUGCUGGAGCACCGCGUGCAGGCUGGUUUUGUCUCGUCGCAUUUUACACGUCGGAUUCUGGGUUCAUUAGCUUGGCCCCUGAAUUUGGCAGUUGAGGUCGUCUUUUUUCUUUGGGGAUGGGGGGGGGGAUGGAUGUGACUGGUAGACACUCUGCCUCUGUAGUACUUACUUGCUAUGGAAGACGCGUUAGCAAGAGAGGAAGAAGGCUGUCUUGGUCGGGCACGGAAUACUUACCAUGUGAUGCACCCCGUUCUAACCUUGGGCUUGCUCGUUCUCUUACGCUUGGUUUCUGCUGGGGGGGUGAGAGAGCCCUCGAGGUAUGGUGUAUCGUCUACGACGUCGUGAACGAAGAAUGUUGGUCCGGCUAACCAUUCUUGCAUCUUCAUAGGCACCAUUGCUUUCAACUUAUAAUGUGGUGAGGUGGGAACUACUGAUACGGGGUAGAGUGUUAUCUCGAUGGCCUAUCUAGAGGUCUUUGUUGACUUUCGAAGAUGUCGAUCAUUUAAAUGUCAGUUCAGCGAUGCUUCUUCUUUGGAAUUGCUAUUUGCUAUUAAUAUUCACCAGGCGUUACCUUCAUCUGGUUAACAAAUGUAUGGCGCGAGCACUUCGUUUUAUUAGAAGCAGGAUCACAGGCUAUACCUACCAUUCUCCCCCUUUUUUAAUCUCCGUGUGGCCAAAUAUUAUUUGUGUAGAUACAAAGAUCCCACGGUUCAACUUUGCUUCGAUGAUGCGCAUCAUGCUAUUCAUACUGCAGGCCUAUGCAAAAGUACCGAGAUUUUGAUACCUACUAGGUAUCCGAUGUUACAUGACAACCCAUCUACCAUAUCUCACCCUCCUUUCCCUAGGCUGUCCUUAGGUAAGGACAUGUUAAUAGCCUUUUAAACUACGCGAGAACCCUCGCUUAGGACCAACCAAAUUUCUGGGACGAGCCGAGGUAUCGUCGAAUAUAUAAUCAUGAACCCAGAAUUAUGCUACUAAGUAACCAAGGGACGUCUAAAAGCUCCCCUACCUUGCCUUGAACGGUCUAGUGGCAAAGGGGGACCCAUACUGACUAAGGCCAUCGGGGUCUGAUCUGGUAUUCAUGCGGCAUCGUAGCAAGCUGGGAGGGUAGCCAUAUGGCUUUUGUGGAGCACUCGGGGGUGGUGUU